CACACACAGACAGACACACAGAGAGAGAGAGAGCUCUCACGUGUGACAGUUCUUCAUUCGUAGGUAGGCAAGACAUUUGGCAAGCUGAUGACCCACUCGCACUUUAAGGGACUUUCUUCUUCAGACCAGGAGAGCUGGACGCAUUUACCGUUACUCAGAGAAGAACUUCAGCGUUCAUUUUGACAGCUGACAAGUGACAAGCAAAUUCGCUUCUUGCAGGCUUGUUUUAUUCCACAAAACCGAUAGAAAGAUCGGACUAUCUGAAAGUCAUGAUGGAGAUGAAGGUGCUGGGAUGCGCGUUGCUUUUUCCUCUCCAGAUCUUCUUUUGCUUGUUAAGGGCGAUCGUGCGCUUGUUUACGCGCCAGAAGCGCAGAGAUCUGGGCACUGAUGUGGUCCUCAUCACUGGAGGAGGAAGAGGAAUCGGCCGUCACCUGGCUAAAGAGUUCGCCAAACAAGGAGCAAGAAAGGUGAUUUUGUGGGGCCGCACGGAGAAAUGUUUAAAAGAGACAUGUGAGGAGAUCUCCAUGACUGGAACAGAGUGCCAUUACUUUGUGUGCGACGUGGGCAACAGAGAGGAAGUGUACCAGCAAGCCAAAGUGCUCAGGGAAAAGGUCGGGGAUGUCACCAUUCUUGUCAAUAAUGCAGCUGUUGUCCAUGGAAAAACUCUUAUGGACAGUGACGAUGACGCACUCCUGAAAACCCAGCACAUAAACACACUUGGACAGUUCUGGACCACGAAAGCAUUUCUGCCUCGCAUGCUGGAGCUCUGCAACGGCCACGUGGUGUGCAUUAACUCCAUUCUCUCCCUCUCCUCCAUCCCUGGAGCCAUCGACUACUGCACAUCCAAGGCCUCGUCUUAUGCCUUCAUGGAGAGCCUGACGCUAGGCCUGCUGGACUGUCCAGGAGUGGGCUGCUCCACGGUGCUUCCCUUCCAUACUGACACAGAGAUGUUCCAGGGCAUGAGAGUUAGGUUCCCUAAGCUGUUUCCUCCUCUGAAUCCUGAGAUGGUGGCCGAACGCACUGUAGAAGCUGUAAGGACCAACACUGCCUUUGUUGUCCUGCCAUGGACCAUGCACUUUCUAGUCAUCCUUAAGAGUCUUUUGCCCCAGGCUGCCCUGGAAGAGAUCCAUAAGUUUUCAGGAAGCUACACCUGUAUGAACACAUUCAAAGGACGGACAUAAACUUAGAAGCAGUGUGACUGUGAAAAAUCCUCAAAACCAUUUUUUUAAUGCAAAGCAAGCACUACGUCCAGGAAACACCAAUCUGUUGCUUUGUGGACGCAAAAAAAUUAUAGACUGUGAAAGGGUCAUUGGAACAGCAUAUCGAGAUGCCUUUGUUUUUUCCAGGAACUGUUAUGUCUGCGAGUUUUAUGUGGAUAGAUUUGGAUUUGUUGCCCUAUACUGGACUGCACACAGGCAUGUAGGUGAAUGCGUUCUUUGGAUAAUGUGAUAGUAAGGAGCACAGACUGUAACGAUUAAAGGGAUAGUUUACCCAAAAAUGAAAAUGACCCCAUUAUUUACUCCCCAUCAAGCCAUCCUAGUGCCACUCUCUUCUGAACUCAAGUACGACAGUUAAUGGAAGCUAGAGAUUAUGGUAUGUAAAGUUUUAAAUAUGGAUAUUUUGCUUACACAAACGUAUCGAUUUGCUUCCGAAUGGCUUUAUUAAUCCCCUGGAGCAGUGUGGAGCACUUUCUAUGAUGGAUGGAUGCACUUUAUUUGGCUUCAGAAUCUCAAGCAACAUUCAUUAUAACAUUCAUAAUCUUUAUAAAGAUUGGAAGAACCAGGACCAUUUUUUGUAUUUGUCUGAAAGAAGAACGUCAUAUACACUGAGGCUGAGUAAAUCGUGAGGUAAAUAAAAGUUUUGGUUGAACUAUCCCUUUAAUAAUUUUACAAUGCUCUGAGGUUUUCAUCAGGGCCUGUUUGCCCUUGUAAGGUGUGACUUGGGAGUUUUAUAGAUUUUCACUGAUUUUAAGAACAUUUUUGUAAAUCAAAAGUCAAGUCUUCAACCACAUAUGGCAAAUGUAUAGAUUUUUCAAAUAUUUAUAUUUUUUAAGUUGCUGACAUAAACAUCCAAUUUCAAUAUUACGUUUGAGCUGUUUUCUCAUUUAUCUUUUGGCCAUUCUAUAUAUUUCAAUCCAAAUGUAAUACUGUCCAAAACAUAAUAAAAAAAAGUUAAGAUUGGAAGUGAAUGUUCUUUCUCAAAGUAUGUAUUUUGGUUUAAACUAAAUAUAUUCAUUUUUUAUUUAAGCAGUACUGUUUACCACAUAUAUUAGAAAUAUAUUUUGGCCAGGUUAAAAAAUGUAUAUUCUUUUGCCUUAUGGGACUUGUUUAAAGUAAUUCCAGCAUGUCUAUCUUCAUAUUACGGUCAACUUCAAAUAAACAGUAUUUGAGCUUAAAAAAA